GCGAGUGAGAAUUUUUCAUCUCCAAAAUUCCCAGUCUUUGGCCUUUUCUUCAAACCAUUUUGUUCUUUAAAGCAAAACCCAUCUGACAAAACCGCGUCAAUUUUCCCUUUGUUUUCAAUUAUUUAUUCAUCGUUUUUCCGGAUUCUGAUUUUCAUUUGAAGAACCCAUUUCAAAUGGUGCUCUUGAAAUGUUCCAUUCCCAUGGAUCUGAUCUGAGAUAUUCAAAUUCAGAGGAUUCUGAAAUGGGGUUCUUGAAUCAAGAUCUCUGAAUCCUGUUUUGGGUUGAUUUUUGUGGGUUUUAGGGUUUGAGAUUGAAAUUGAAAUUCCUCAGUUGGGUCGGAAAAAAUGGGUAAAACGAUGAACAGUUCCGGUAGAGAUUGGACUCAGAUCUAUGCGAUCUAUGGAGUGGAUCAAUGGCAGACCAUAGUGUUUCUUCUUCUUCAUGCUCUGUUUUUUACUGCUCUUUCCAUUUUUUACCUUUCUUACUUCGAAUCCAUCUGUUCUUUUUUCGAGCUUCUCUUCUCCGGUGGCUCCGCCCGUUUCGCCGCCGGCUUCACCGGUUGCGUCACUGCUAUCUCCGCCUUCUGCCUCUUCUUCGCCGCCGCUAACAUCUUCUACUCCUCUCUCCCUCUCCACUAUGAAAUGGCUCUCCGGAUGGUCAACGCUGUCUCCGAUUGGUCAACAGUCAAGCACGCCCUCGACCUCGGCUGCGGGCGCGGCAUUCUACUCAACGCCGUUGCCACUCAGCUCAAGAAGGAAGGAAGCUCGGGUCGGGUUGUGGGGUUAGAUCGGAGUAAGCGAACGACGCUCUCGACGCUUCGAACGGCAAAGAUGGAGGGCGUCGGAGAAUACGUCACGUGCCGAGAAGGUGAUGUUAGACGGCUGCCUUUCGGGGACAAUUACUUCGACGUGGUGGUUUCCGGCGUGUUUGUGCACACGGUUGGGAAGGAGCACGGGCCACGCACGGCGGAGGCGGCGGCGGAGCGGAUACGGGUGGUCGGAGAAUUGGUGAGAGUGUUGAAGCCGGGUGGGACCGGGGUCGUGUGGGACCUACUGCACGUGCCGGAGUAUGUGCGGAGGUUGCAAGAAUUGAAGAUGGAAGACAUUAGAGUCUCUGAGGGUGUAACGGCUUUCAUGGUCAGCAGCCACAUCGUAUCGUUUACCAAGCCACGUCAUCACUUUGUGGGGUCUGGAGAGGUCCGAUUGGACUGGAGAUGCUGAUCUGGCAUUACUCAUUGCCCCGUCAGCUUUUUUAAGUAGAGAGAGAGAAAAAAAACCCCUAAUUUUAAUUAUACAUAAGAUUAUGCUUAAGAAAAGUAAUUAAUAGAGAUGUGAUGGUAAUCUGGGUAGGCGAAGCAGACCCAGAAGGUUCAAUGGAAAUAUAUAUACAUUGAAAUAAAAUACAAUUAUGCUUGUUGGUUU